UCUGUAUCGGCACGUUGAACGGCGUUGGUCUUCACAAGUUUGCAUUACAGUGUGUUGCAGUGCGUGGAAAGAAGCGGUAACCGAGGAAAACGCGGUAAUUAUUAGCGAAAGCCGCAAAUGUAGUACUAGCCGAAAAGAUUUUGAUAAUUUCACCCGAAAAUCUGGCUGCAGAACCGUAAACUUCUACUAUUGAUCCAUUUUUGAUGAAUAAUUCGACAUGGAGUCAGCCGAAGAAAAUUCCGCCGUUCUUCGAACGAUAAUGAAUGACCAAGAAUUGGCGCAGAUUCCGACGGAACUGUUAAAGAAAAUUCAAACAUACUGCAGCGGACAAUUGGACGAUUUUCUAACCGCUAAAGGGGUUUUCGAUACGUGUCGAAGGAAUUUAGAACAAAACUUGGAAAAGGCACAGAAAGAACUUGCGGAGCAAAAAGCGAAUUGUGACGAGUACAAGGAAAAGUUUGAGUUCGUGGAAAGGACUAAUGUAGAGAUAUCUAACAGCUUUGAGGAUGCGAGGAAUGAAGUACAUAGAUUGCAGGAAACUGUAAAACGAUUGGAGAAGGAAAAUGGUGAUUUACGCAGACAGAGGGACACAAUCACAGAUGAUACAAAUGCAUUGCAACUGCAAGUUGAAAGGCGGGAUACUGAGAUUGAAAGGAUGCGCAUCGAAUUAUCCUCCUUGAGCUCUCAGCUUCAAGCUGCCAUUGCAGCAAAGUGUCAAACUCUAGCUGACACGGAGGAAAUUCGCAGUCGAGAAAUGACUUUAGAUUUUAAAGAAAAACGACUGGAGCAAGAACGCGUGCUUCUUUCCCAACAAAUGGCGGGUCUCGAAGAGGAAUUAGCCAAGAGGACCUCUGAACUGCAGACGGCAAGGUCUGAAGCAUCUGCCAGAGCACUCUUAAUUGAUACCAAACUGUCUCAGCGUGAGGAGGAGUUACGUAUAGCCAACGAAGCCAGUUCCCAAUUGCGGGAGUCGGUUUCCUCUCUUCAGAAGCAAUGCGACGAGCUAGUCCAGAAAGUGGAGCAGCAAAGGGCUCACGAAAUCGCCAUAAACGAUUCCUACCAGAAAGAGAUUAGUGCACAGAAAAAUCUGACUAGUUUAUAUGAAUCGAUGAAGAACGAUGCCAAUGCCAAGGCUGAGGCGAUCUCCAAUGCAGCGAGCGAGCUGCAGAAACUCGUAGACAGCACUGCGGAAGAGUAUGGACUCUUGGAAACGAAGUAUAACCAAUUGGAGCUACAGCAUAAGCAAGACAUCGAGGAAAAGGAGCAGAGUAUUCAGGAGUUGACAAAGGAAUUGGUACACGCUAACGAAUUGGUGAAGAAUAUCCAGCAAGAGAAAUUAGACCAAGCUGUAGAACAACUGGCACCAACAGCAGCCAUAACAAGCCGAGUAUUGCGAAAGGGUCUGAGCCUUACGCAAAUUUACACUCAAUUGGUCGAAGUCACCAAUGAACUGACUCUGGAACGAGAGGAGAAUGAACGCCUGAAAUCUCAGAUGGACGUGAUCCUUCGUGAAUUAGAGCAGAAGGCGCCAUUGCUGCAGCAACAACGACAUGAUUAUGAAACGGCCAUGUCGAACGUUGCAACGCUCACCACUAGAUUGGAUGAACUGCUUGCGGAGAACCAGCGUCUGCACGAAAGUUCUGACGAGGCUAACCGUCUCGCCAAGCAUCACACAACGGAGAAUCAGAGAUUGAAAACGGAACUCGCCGAUCUGGCCAGACAAGUAUGUUUCCUCCUUAAAGAGGUCCAAGAAAGCCGCACUGGUACCAGUAUAGAAACCCGAAACUUGUCAUCCUCCGUAGACACAGACGACAUCUUGUCAUCGCAGAUUAUCAGCAAGAAGCUGGUGACUUUCAAAGACAUUGAGGAGCUACAAGAAAAUAAUCAGAAGCUCUUGGCCGUUGUCCGCGCAUUAUCUUCGAGGCAGGAAGAGAUCGAACGGGCUACUGACGAGAUAAAUUCGGGCGAGAUGAAGGAGAAGCUGGAUCGUUAUAUGGAACAACUUACAGAAAUGCAGACUGCACAGGAUAGGCAGUCGAAGAUGCUGGAUAAUCUUUUGAAACAAAGGGACAUGUACAAGAACAUGUACCAACAGACGCUAAAAAGCUCUACCGAGAAGAAAAAAGACGAACUGGAAGAGAACGCCGAAGAGAGCAAAUCGAAAUCGGAAGAGGAGCUGAAAGCAACGAAAGAUGAUGAAGAAAAGAAAAAGGAAUGGUCCAAGAAGCUGCAGGAAGCCGAAGACAAAUGUAAACAUAUCUCGGACGAGUACGAAACGUACCGGAAGGAACGAACUGCGCACGAGAAGAUGUUGGGCGAGGAAGUGGAUAGACUGAGGAAGGAGGCGGAGGCGAAUUCGGCGAGAUGUUGCAGGUUGAGAGCGCAGCUGGAUUCUGCAAAUGAGAGAUUCACUCUUCUGCAGGGCAAUGUUGCUUCCUACAAGUCUCAGAUCAAGGUCCUUGAAGAAAAAUGCACCAAUUACAGCGUCACUAUUGGUAAACACGAGCAGAGCAUCAUGAUCCUGAAAGACGAGACUCUCGCUGCUCAAACUCGCUUGUCGCGGGCCGAGGUUCAGUUGGAAAACAUACGUCAAGAGCGUCAAAUGUUGAAGGAUUCUGAAGGACGUCUCCUGAAGGAACGCGAAGUUUAUCAAAGGGAGAGACAGACUCAAGUCCUACUUAAAGCAGACAUGGAAUCCAUCAAGGCCAGUUUGGAGCGAGUCCAGGCUGAAGGACAUCUCAGGGCUGAGCAGAGACUCGAUGAUGCCAACAGGGAGUGCGCUGCUCUUCGCCGUCGUCUGCAAGAGGAACAGGACCGCUUCAGGGAACUAGCAGGUCACUUGGAAAGACAAUUGGCGACCGAUCGAGAGAGAUUGAAGGAAGAGCGCGAGUUAUGCGAGAGACUGAGGACGGAGCUCGAUCAACUGAGAGAAACUGACGCUCAAAACAGUCAGAAAAUUGAGGCACUGAAUAACAAACUGCGCCAGGCAGCCACUCAUUCCAUCUCUAAGCCCUUGAUGGGAGAGGAAGGUCUUGUGAAGAGAAUAAAAGAGUUGGAGAUGCAACUGAGUGCAUCGCAAGCGGAGAUGAAGUCAUUCUCCGAACAAUUAAAGACAGCCAGACAACAGAAUCAGCAGUACUGUGACAUUGCCGAGAGCGCGGAAACGCAGCUGAGGGAGCUGACAGCCGAGUAUAACAAGUGUAAAGAGGAGCUGGAAAAUGCUCUGAAGGAAUCACGCGUGGAGAUUACUUCGCUGCAGAAGAGGGUGAAAGAUCUUAGCGAUGAUCUGUCAAGGGUGUCGAAUGGCAGGCAAGAAACCGACUUGGAACUGAGAGAGAGACUGGCCGAGGCCGAAAGGAAAAUGGAGGAGUUGGAUGAAUUGAAAGGCGAAUUAGAAUUGCUGAAGGGCGACGUGAAAACUGCGUCUACUGUAGCUAAAGAGGCGGAAGACAAGUACACCAGGGAGAUGAUGCAACACUCGGCCGAUUUGCAAAUCUUAGCCAAGCUGAAGGAGGAAGCUCAAGAUUUCCAGCAACGGCUUAGCGUUUUGAUUCAAGAGCGGAACGCAGCGGUGGAAGCUCUGGAAGUUGAGAAAUCAGCUUCGAAAGAAAGAGAGCAGAGGUUUGUGAGCGAGAUUGAAGAAACUCAUAAGAGAAUCACAGAUCUAGAUACACAGAAUGCGCUUCUGCAUAACCAGAUUCAGGAAUUGGGCGAUAGAGUAGCCAUCAUGCAGAGCCAGCAGACUAAGAUAAGCGGAAGGGAGAGCCCCGACACCAGUUUGGAAACUUUGAAUAAAAGUUUCACCUCUCUUGAGGAAGAUUCCAAGUCAGUGGAACAAUUGUUGCGGGUUAUGAAGUACCUCAGAAGGGAGAAGGAUUUAGCUUUAGCGAAAUCCGACGUUCUUAGAGCAGAAAAUCUCAGAUUGAAGUCGCAGGUCGAGGUGGCAGAGAAACGAUUAAAGGAAACUGAAAGUUUGCUGAAUUCUGAACGAGAGAAAUCCGAGGUUGACGUGAUGACCACCUCCAAGCACGCCGAAUUGUUGCGCAAAGUGGAGACUUUGAACGCUAUUACCGAUUCUAAUCGCAUUCUUAGGGAAGAAAGGGAUAGUCUGAGCGCAAAAGUCAACGAACUUACGGCCAAGGUCAACGCUUUAUCGGAAGAAGUAGUGCCUCUUCGGGAUAUAUCCAGAGAUUUGACAGCCAAAACCGAAGCUUUGGCAGAAGAGAACACCAGCUUGAAGGGCGAGGCAACCAGAUGGAGGCAAAGGGCGAACACGCUGUUAGAAAGGGCAAAUAAAGCCAGCCCUGAAGACUGGCGACGACUUCAGACUGAGAGGGAGAAUCUCAGCAAAUUGCUGACAUCGGAAAGGGAGAUUCAUGCGAAGAGAAGUGAAGAGUUUAAUCAGGUAAAAGUGGAGAAAGCGAAACUCGAAGAACAACUGGUACAGUUGCAAAAACAAAUACAAACUCAGGAUGAGCAGAUGCUGCGGGCGUCGGAAGAGGCACGCAAAUUGGGCCACGAACUUAAUGAGGCAUUAGCCGACUCAUCCUCAAAAGUAAAGGACUUGAUGUUGCUCAAAAAGGAACUAGAUGAUAAGGAAACUGCACUCAGCGAUAUUCGAAGCAAAGAAAUGCAAAUUCGCAGAAUAGCCAAGAAGUAUAAGACGCAAUUUGAGGAACUUGCGAGAAGCGUCGAGGAGGAGAAAAACCGCAAUGAGGGAAGUAGGAACGAGAACAGUUCCGUAAUCAUGCAAGAACGUGAAGAUCAACUGAGAGAGGAAGGCCGUCAAGAACUCCGCCAGGCAAACAUCGAACUGACGACGAAAAUAGACGAACUAACCCAUCAAAUAACGGCGGCCCAGAACGAAACGGAGACUCUGAGAAAAGAAAUCGAAGCUAUAAACCGUAGCAGUAUAGAGAAGGAGGAGAGGGCAAAACAAGUUCUGAAAGGUGCUAGGACGAAAAUUAUGCAGUUGACUGAAUCGAAGAAGAUGUGUGAGAAAGAGCUGUUGGAUCUGAAGUCGAGAUUAGAAUCCGCUGGCGGUAGCGCGGGAGUUCAGGAUGACCCGGAAACGGAGCAUGACGCGCGAUUGGUGGCGUUGAAGUCACAGCUGGAAGCCCGCAUCUCCAGACUGGAGCACGAGAAAUCCGAGAUACAGGCGGAGAAAGACACGCUCUCGCAACGGAUUACUCAGCUUCAGAGGCAGCUAUCGGGAGGGAGCGGUGUCAGCGCCACUACGGAGCCGCCUACGGCGAACAUUAAGCCGAUGUCUGCUAGAGCAGAAACACCUCUGGCAAGUAUCAGACCGAUGAGCGUCGUGGUACAGUCAAGAACGGUUGCCGUGUUGCCGACUACUGCCGGCGCACCGGUCAUGGUCGCGCCGCAUCAGAUGCAACAGCAGCAGCAACAAGUGGUACACACUACGGAAACUAGCUCGCCGACUAGCAGUUUGACCGACUUUCAGCCGGCGAGUACAAGUAGUUCUUCGCAGAGUGCACAAACGAGUGGCCUUCGUCAGUUGGCAGUACAACCACAGUUGAGCGAGUCGGCCGAGUCGACACAGCGAGAGGACCCCGAGAGCGCCGAAACGUUAAACGUGCAGUCACAACAGCAGCAAUGCCAGCAACAACAGCAGCAGCAGCAACAAGCAGUGGCGCUGGUAAGCCCUAGGGUGGAGCAACAACAGCAACAACAGCAGGUUGCCGUCAGCGAUCAACAACAGACAGUGGCGAGCAGUUCCACACAGUCAGUCAGCACGUCUCAAGCUUCUACAGGACUUAAGAGACCUCGAGGGUUGGAUUCGACCGCUUCUGGCUCCGGUAUAGUUGAAGGGGUAGAUCAUGGACGGCAGGAGCAAGGACAGAGCCCGAAACCAAAAAGAAGCAGACCGGAUAUCAGCGCAACUGCAAGUGCCAGCGCUUCAGAGGUCGAAUACCAGGUGCCUACAUCAAGCCAGAGGGAUCAAGAUGAAGAAGUGGAGGAAGGCUGUGUAGUGGUAGUAGAUUGCGAUGAAGGUGAAGGUGGCGGAAAUCACCAGACCCAAGAGGAAGAAGAAUUCGAUAACGACACCUACGAGGAGAUGGAAGAAGAGGAAGAAAUGCCUUACGAAGUUGAAGUUGAGGUUGAACGGGACAAUAACGAGGUGGAGAUUAUCAUGGAGGAGGAUUCCACCAGCGUUGAAGUUCCUAGACAAGGUCAAGCGGCGAUUCCUACCAAUCAACAACAGUCUGAAGCAAUCAGUAGUGCUGGCCCCACUGGAGAACCACCAACGUCUUUUACAGCUAGAUCGUCGAGAGGAAUCGCGCCUAUGCCUAGACAACAGCAACAGCAACAUCUUCUUUUGCCACAACAAGGGUACGAAGAUGGCGGCGACGACUGUAUCGUACCUAGUACGCCUACUCUCUUUGUGCCACGUCGCGACGGCUUUGGGGAAGCUGUGAGCUCUCCACAGGUUCCUCAGGGUCGUUUUACCUUCGGGGAUCCAUCGGCGCCCACAACAGCUUCCUCAACGCCGUCUCUAACGACACCCACUGGCUCUGCCACCAGAACCAUCUUUGGUUCAUCAAAUUCUGCAGUAGCUCAGGUUGUCCAAGAAAGCUUGGACGAUAGUAGAAUGGAUUUGGCACAGCUCGAAGAUGGCGGUACUGGUCGUAGCGUGCCUACAACACCUCUUCAGGUUUCGCCAGCUGCAGAUCUGCCACCUUCGACUAGUAGCAGUCAAGCGGAAGAACAAGAAACUACUGCGUCUGUAGCACCCAUCACUAUAACGGCUACUUCCGGCGAUAACGUUGAGGAGCCGAGCAUUCCGAGCAUCCGCAUCGUGGGUGCGGACGAUCAGCAACGCGGUUCAACUGAAGCUACAGAAUCCAGUGCAACCCCAAGCGAAGGAGUGAGUUCGGAGGGCGAGAAACGAUCAGAAGAACCAGUGGCUCUGACAUCCGGUGAGGAUGAUUCUGUGGACACAGCAGAGGCAACGGAAGAAGCCGGAAGCGAGAUCGUUGAAGAUGACGUCGAAGAAGAGAGCCGUGAAGCAGAAGCGUCACCGUCUAGUAACACUCGCCAGAGGACAAUGGCAGCCAGUCUAGCAGCUGCAGCUGCCUCCAACGGUGCCAGAGGAGUAACUGUAAGACGAUCGCCGAGAUCACCCUUCCGAGCAGCGAGAAGCGCUAGGCCUACACCGAUUGUAUGGGGAGAAAGCCAGUCAGGUAGAGGACAACCCGUGCUACGAGGACAUUCAACUAGGGGGACUACCAAUGAAGGUGGACGAGGACGAGGAACCCGAGGUCGAAGAAUGCGUGGGAAGUACUCUUAUGGUCGAUAUUCAUAAUAUAAUAUAACGAUACAUUUUAUUCGCCAGACAUUCUGUAUAGGUUUAUGGUGACAAUAUGUUAUUAAGCAAGUAAAGAAAAUUCCAAUAAACUGUUUUUUUGUUUAUUAUGUAAUAAAUAGUGUUCCUACUCUUUGGAAAGAAUAUGUGGACUAUAUAGAAAUAUUAUGCUAUCUCUUAUAUUCGCGUCCUUUUUUCUGAAUAGAUAAUUGUUUUUGAACAAGUCCAGUUUUGCAGCUUAUGAUCUUAUUUAUAUUAAAAAGAUUUAAGGAUUGAGUGAUUUUACAAAAGUUUUGUCAUUCGUAAAGAAAAAAUUGAGAAGAUUAAUAAAUUCUAGAUUAACA